GGGCGUCGGGCCCAGCGAGGGCUGGGCUGGGCUGCUUGAGUGGGGGCGGGGGGCCGCGUCUGCGAGGAGCUGCGGCGCCGGCGGGCGGGGAGCGGGACGACGCUGCUGCUCGAGAGCCGCUCGGCGAGCUAGGAGACCCUGCGCCCCAGCUCCUGGGCCCCCGCCCCCUCGCGGUCUCCGCCUCCUUCCCUCACACACCCCCCGGGCCGCCGGAGCCCCAGGCCUUCCCCGCGCUCCUCCUCCUUCUCUUCGCACUCGCCCUCCGACCUGGGUCCUCCAGCCGCCCGCCGGCCUUGCUUUGCUCCCUGCCGUGGAGUCCUGGUUCUUAGGCUCUCCUUACACACACGCACACACACACACACACACACACAGACACACACACACACGCGCUUGCCGAGCCGCCACUCCUCACGGCCCCACAUCUCCUCGUCCUAGCUGACGCCGCCGUCGGGGGAGGAUUGAUGUCCCUUCAGCAUCAUGCAGCCGCCGCCGAGGAAGGUGAAAGUUACACAAGAACUGAAAAACACUCAAGUUGAGCAGAUGACAAAACUUCAAGCCAAACAUCAAGCAGAAUGUGAUUUACUUGAAGAUAUGAGGACAUUCAGUCAGAAGAAGGCUGCCAUUGAAAGAGAGUAUGCACAGGGUAUCCAGAAGUUGGCUAGUCAGUAUCUGAAGAGAGAUUGGCCUGGAAUAAAAGCUGAUGAUCGGAAUGAUUACAGGAGCAUGUAUCCUGUUUGGAAAUCUUUUCUUGAGGGAACAAUGCAGGUAGCCCAGUCUCGGAUCAAUAUAUGUGAAAACUAUAAAAACUUCAUUUCUGAGCCUGCAAGGACAGUGAGAAGCUUAAAAGAACAGCAACUAAAAAGGUGUGUGGACCAGUUGACAAAGAUCCAAACUGAAUUACAAGAGACCGUGAAAGAUUUAGCUAAAGGCAAAAAGAAGUACUUUGAGACUGAACAGAUGGCUCAUGCAGUACGAGAGAAAGCUGACAUCGAAGCAAAAUCUAAACUUAGUCUUUUUCAAUCAAGAAUCAGUUUACAGAAAGCAAGCGUAAAGUUAAAAGCCCGGCGAUCUGAAUGUAAUUCUAAAGCUACCCACGCAAGAAAUGAUUAUCUUCUUACAUUAGCAGCAGCAAAUGCACACCAGGAUCGCUACUAUCAAACAGAUUUAGUUAACAUUAUGAAGGCUCUUGAUGGAAAUGUAUAUGAUCACCUGAAGGAUUAUUUAAUAGCCUUCAGCCGGACUGAGCUAGAGACAUGCCAAGCUGUGCAGAACACAUUCCAGUUUUUAUUAGAAACCUCCAGCAAGGUGGUACGGGACUAUAAUCUUCAGCUGUUCUUACAAGAGAAUGCUGUAUUCCACAAGCCCCAGCCCUUCCAGUUCCAGCCCUGUGACAGUGAUACUAGUUUAAAAGCUGCCCAACUGGUGGAUAUUGAGCUCUCCCCUGUCAGUGCUCUGAGAAUGACCAUAGCUGAGAGCCGACAAUUAGAAUCAGAAACUGGGACCACAGAGGAGCACAGUCUAAACAAGGAGGCUCGAAAAUGGGCCACCCGUGUGGCACGUGAGCACAAAAACAUUGUUCACCAACAAAGGGUUCUAGAUGAUCUGGAAUGUCAUGGAGUUGCAGUGUCAGAACAAAGCCGGGCAGAGUUGGAACAGAAAAUAGAUGAAGCUAGAGAAAAUAUUCGUAAAGCAGAGAUAAUUAAGUUGAAAGCUGAAGCCCGGCUGGAGCUGCUAAAGCAGAUCGGUGUUUCUGUGGACACGUGGCUGAAGAGUGCAAUGAAUCAAGUAAUGGAAGAACUGGAAAAUGAACGAUGGGCUCGCCUUCCUGCAGUGACCAAUAAUGGCACUUUACAUUCGCUUAAUGCAGAUCCCGAAAGAGAAGAAGGAGAAGAGUUUGAAGACAACAUGGAUGUUUUUGAUGACAGCAGUUCCAGCCCCUCUGGCACCUUAAGAAAUUAUCCACUUACCUGCAAAGUUGUUUAUUCUUACAAGGCUUCCCAACCAGAUGAGCUGACCAUUGAGGAGCAUGAGGUGUUAGAAGUGAUUGAAGAUGGAGACAUGGAAGACUGGGUCAAGGCUCGAAAUAAAGUUGGCCAAGUGGGUUAUGUGCCAGAAAAGUACCUACAGUUUCCCACCUCGAGCAGUCUCCUGAGCAUGCUGCAGUCCUUGGCUGCUUUGGACAGUCGGUCACACACAUCCAGCAAUUCCACGGAGGCCGAGCUCGUUUCAGGCAGCCUCAACGGAGAUGCCAGUGUCUGUUUCGUGAAAGCACUUUAUGACUAUGAGGGCCAGACAGAUGAUGAAUUAUCCUUUCCUGAGGGAGCAAUCAUCCGAAUCUUGAACAAAGAAAACCAGGAUGACGAUGGCUUCUGGGAAGGGGAAUUCAGUGGGCGGAUUGGAGUUUUCCCAUCGGUGCUAGUGGAAGAACUUUCAGCCUCAGAGAACGGUGACACUCCCCGGAUGAGAGAGAUUCAGAUCUCUCCUUCCCCCAUGCCACCGGGCUCCCUGCCUCCACUGCCGCUGUAUGACCAGCCUCCCAGCAGCCCUUACCCCAGCCCAGAGAAGAGGAGCUCCCAGUACUUCCCGCGCUCUCCUUCAGCAAAUGAAAACAGCUUCCUUGCUGAGUCACCAGGAUUCUCACGGGCACCACGGCAUACUCCUGAGACCUCAUAUGGCAAACUGCGACCCGUCCGGGCAGCUCCCCCUCCACCUACACAGAACCCCCGAAGGCCAGCAGAGAAGAUUGAGGAUGUAGAAAUCACACUGGUGUGAUGAUGGGUUUACCCAUCCAUUACUGCUACAAUCAAGGCCAGGCUUGGCGUUUGGCCAUUCUUGUUCUUUAGGCACCUUUGCAUGAUGAUGACUCUUGAACAGAGUGAAAACAAGGAGGAUUAUGUGACUGGGUGGCCUGGUGGACUCCUCCCACGUUUUGGAUAUUUUGUGCCUUUUUUUGUUGUCAUUUUCUAUGUCAUCUCUCCUACCAUAGCACAAAUCCUAGUGGGCCCUAGAAGCAAGGGGGGACAGCCCUCAUGCCUAUCAGUGGCCCAUUUUUAUAUGAGACUCAAGACCAGGCCUCAUUCAGGGCACAGUCACAGAGAAACUGAUCAUGUGCACUCGUACAGUAUAUUACUGUGGCCACAAGGGUGUGGCAAAGACCCUCAUCUUUCUUCAAGUGGCUUUUGCUCGUCUGAUUAAAUUUAAUCAGAUCAUGUCGGCUGUGUAAGGAACUAGAAAGAGGGAUUUCAGGAGGGGCUGGCUCCUCCCCACAGUUAGUCCCCAGAUUGAGAAAGUGAAACUUACUGGGAAAAAGUGGACCGCCCUGAGUUUAUCGCCAGUUGCAUUAAUGCACAUCUCUUCCACAGCUAACAGAUUAAAAACAGUAACAGUGUCCUUUGUAUUAAUAUUUACGCCAUUCAUUUAGUGUUAGUGGAGCUAAUAUGGAGGGGCUGAACCGAUAGCCAAAUCUUGUCCAUCAUAUAGACUAAUAGAAAGGAGGCUGAGGCUGAAGCAGAAAUGGAGCUUCCAGAUCUGAAACGAGCUGAUUUAAUAUUCUUUUUGUAUUUGGGUAUUUUUCAUCUUAAUUUUUGCAGCAUAUAUUCUUCUGACCAAUAUCUUUAGAAUCUGAAUGUCUAGAUAAACUGGGGACACAUACUUGCCUUGUUGAGCUUCUCUCCUGGGGAGGCCCCUCAUGUUUUAUUCCCAAGCCGGUGCACGAGCCCAGCCAGCCAGCCUGUGGCUGCCCGAGACCAGUGGCCACCCCCCACAGGGUGCCCCUGGCCUGAUAAUGCCUUGGGAGGAAGAACCUGUGGCUCAUGGAGGAAACCAGCUUCCUGUGAAAAAGGACUAAAGGACUACACACCGCGCACAGCGCAAAUGGACAAGGAAAAGACAAGUUCUCCGUGUCACAAGGAGAGCCAAAAGUAGUGUUUUCCACAGGCUAGCAAGCUCACAGUGGCAGGUGGCCCAGAGUAGGUCUCUACUGUCUGGCCACCUGUGGAAGAACAGGAGUGCCAAACCCAGGGACAAGGGCAUUUUUUUUUUUUUUUGGCCAGUUGCGUUUUUUUUUUCUUUUAAGAGAUCAGAUUUGCAGAAUUCAAUCUAAAAGUUGUAUUAUGCUUUGAAAACUCCAUCCCUCCUAAGAAUCUUUAAAAACUUGAAAUGCUCGCCAAAUGUCCCCAUGGGAUUUUUGACCAAAAGUCAGGUUACAACUGAAGAAAUCUUUAGUCGUUUUGAUCACUUCAGUGACAGUACCCAGUGACAAGUCUUCUCUGUGAUUUGGGGUUUUUGUUUUGUUUUUUGCAUUUCUUAACCUGUUGAUCUAUUUGAGGUCUUUUUGUGUUUAUCAAACUUAUUCUUAAGUUUAAAAAAAAUAAAAGGGUGGCUUUUUUAAGAAUUUAAAGUUCUCUGACAAUUUAAAAAUCUUCAAAGCACUUUAAACAGUCUUCCAAGUGCUUGAAUCAGAUAGUUCUCGCUACCCAGUCUUGUCUUCUCUUUAGCUAGCCAAAUUGUCCUUGAAUCUGGAUUUUCCACAUUCUCAGAGUUAUUUGAAAUCUUUUUGUUAUAUUUUAAAAUAUUUUUUGGAAGAGCUGCUAAUUUUAUUUAAAAAAAAAAACAAAAGUUGUAAAAAUAUGCCUCCUUUUUAAAAAGAACCCCUCCCUCCAGGACAUAUAAUCCAGCAUCACUGCACAGGGCCAGGCUCAGAGGGAGUGCCUCUGUGCAGAUGUGCUUUCUUUACAGUGGCUGUAAAAAGUUUGUAUUUAUUAUGUAUAAAAUGUUGAAUAAUAAAAAAAAUGGAAUUAAGUUUUCUAAGUUUCCAUAUAAAAAGAUUUGGGUAAUUAGACCUUUCCAAAUAGACAAUGCUUUUUAUAAAGACAUUCCUAAGCCUUCCUUUUUUAAUCCAUAAAACAGAUACAGAGAGGGGGUAAAUAAAUUCCCAGUUAAAGGCUGAUUCCCUCUGGCUGCCAACCAGCCACAUUGGGGACCAGGGCUCAGUCUGUUUGGGGAGAGGCCUCACGGCUCUCUCCUUCCCAGAGUUGGGUACGUGCAAUAUGUAUUCUUCAGACAUUUUCUGUGCAUAAAACUUACACACAUAUACAUUGUCUUUUUAUAUACGUGAGAUUAUAUAUUUAGGUUUCCCUCAUUCUUUUUGAAGGCUGUCUUAUAUUCCAUGGUUUGGAUAUAUCAUAAUUUAAGCUUGCUAUAGCGAUGGAUGUUUAGGUUGCCUCCAUCAGUUUGCUGUUAGAAAGUUGAAAACAACAUCUUUGUACAUUAUUCUUUAUAAAUUUGUUCC